AGGGUCUUAAAGCCCACACCCACAGUGACACACCUACUCCAACAAGGCCAUACCUUCUCCAACGGGGCCAUACCACUCCCUGGGCCAAGCAUAUAAAAACCAUCACACCUUGGUUAACAGUGAAGAUCAUGGUUAGGGUUGUAGCUCCAGCAGUCAAGUACAUAUUUGGCACGAACAAGACCAAGUUUAAUCCCUGAUACCACAAAGAAAAAGGCUAGGGAGAUGUCUCAGUUGUUAAGAGCACUAGUUGCUCUUAUAGAGGACUCAGGUUUGGCUCCUGUUGACUACAUGGCCGCUUACAGCCAUCUGUAAGCGUCCCAGUGAUCGGAUGACUUCUUCUAACAUCUGUGGGCACCAGGCAUACGUGGUCGUGUACAAACAUAAAUGCAGGGACAACACUCAUAUACAGAAAACAAAUAAAUCUUUAAAAAUAUACAUGCAAAGAAAGAGAGCAAAAACCCUAAUAUGUGUGAUUUUGGAGAACAUACUUUGGUAGGCUGGGCCUCAGUGUUCACAAGCUUUAAUGAGGUCACUGGUAGUGACCACUUCAAGGGAAUGUGGUGAAGAUUAGUGGAGAUGCUAGGGUGCUGUACCAGCAUAAGUUGAGUCUUAGAAGUAGUUAGUGCUUGGUGAUCUGCCAUACACAGUCCAGCUCCAGCAUUCGUCUCCUUGGGCCACUUCACAAAUCAACGAACAAUUCACUACUUUCCUGUACGCAUCCAAACCCGGAAGCCUGAAGGAUAUGGACACGUGAGAUACUUUGGACUUUGGACAAGUGUUGAGAUGUGGGCUUCCUGAGCCCCCUUUGGACUAUGCCUCCUGCCUCUAAUGUCAUGCCUGCAAAACACCAAGGAGCAGAGAGUAUUCUACUCUCUGGAUCACCUGCAGAGCACUAUGGUCAGGUGGCGGUGUUCCUAUCAGAAUUGUAGCAUCAACAAGGGCCAUAAGGGCAUAAAACCAGCCAUGUUAUCCAGAAACCAGCAAUGUCAGCAUAGUAUCAAAAGCAGCCAACCAGCCUCCCUUCACGUCCCCUUCUCUCUUCUCUUCUCUUUCCUCCAACACCGAUCUAGAACUCGGUUGUUAAGAGCACCAGUCGCUCUAACAGAGCAACUUCACACUUGAGAUCCCUUGCCUCAUCCUCUGAGGGCUGGCCGAACAGGUGCACUCGACCACAUAUCAUUUUACCAGCUAUUUCUUCUGUGUACUCAACCAUGUUCCAGACACAUCGCUGGGCUCUUGCCAUGUAUUAUUAACUUAAUCCUCCCCCAAUGAUGAUGAUGAUACUAUCCUGAUCCACACUUUUUAGUUGAGGAGCUGGGGACUCAGAUAUUUAAUAGCUUGCCCAAGGUCAACCUAGUGAAAUCCAAACCCAGACCUUGAACCUUUCUGUCCACCAGCAUUAAUUUUGGCCACAUAGUGACAUCACAAGUAGCUUAUUACAAAUUUUAAUGUCCUAGCACUCACUCUAAUAAAAGAAUAUUAGGUGUGUGGGGUUUUGUUUGUUUGUUUGGAUUUUUAAAAAAAGCAUAUUAGUUUUGAGUGCCCAUAAUUCAGAACUACUGAGCCUUGCAUCCUGGGUCAACUACUCUCUUCAUAAUAGAGCCAGAGUAGUCCUGGAAUCUGUACCACUAACCAUCUCCCUGUACAUCAUGCAUCAUCUAAAUUGCUGUGAACAUUUCUUCAGCCAAUAAUUGGACCAAUAAAAGAAUUUGAGGACUACCCCCCAGCCCUGUUCAACCCACAGCUCUGUACAGGUAGUUACUAGAUAGGGGAGGAGGUGGGUACUGGAGUCGGGGAGAAGGUGGGCAUUAGAGGGAGGGGAAAGGUGGGUACUAGAGGGAGGGAGAAGAUGGAAUCUAGAAUAAGGAUGAGUUGGGGGGUUUAGGGUGAGGAAGGGGUGUUAUGGGUUUUUUCUUGAAAUGUUCCCCUAGAAAAUGGCAUGAAAUUGGAGGUUCACAAGCACAGCAGGGCAGGAGUGAAGGAAGAAUGGCUUGCUCUGUGGGAGGAAGGAGUGAGUACAGACAGGAGGCCCAGGGCCACCUGCAGGAGGACUGAGAGGCCUCUGAGGAGGGAGUGGAAGGGAGGAGAGCCAGCUGUGGCAGGAAGGGAAGGCGGGAACUGAGGGAGCCUGAGGUUCAGCUCAGUUCAGACAGAGAGAGGGCAGCCCCAGUGUAUUUCCCAGGCUGCUCUGUGGAUGUAGGCAAGAAGGUUGAGUGUAUUACAUCAGCCCCAUCUCCUGAGCCUCUCUCUGAAGCUGCUGCAUUGGACACAAAAGGCUGAGAUACAGAGACAUCGUCUCUGAUCGUAGGAAACUCUGGUUCCAGUAGCUGAGAGGUGAGACAGAGCCUGGGCAGGGUGCUCCACACCAUCGUCGCCUGCAUUUUCCAGGAGCUGGGAGCCAAGCAAAACUCUUUCUGGGAGAAGCAGGCAUUAGAAGUGGCGCCAUGGCACAGGUGGACUCCCAGGAGAGGUGGACCAAGGUGGCCCUUGGCGGCAUGAUUCGUGACAGCCAGACACUGAGCGUGAACUUGGAGAGUGAAGAAGAGGAUGGUAGGGAGGGGGGCUCCCCAGUAACUCAGAACAACACUGACUUGCAGUUUGACACUCAGUCCUGCAAAGAGGAAGAUAAUUGGUCUGAGUGCUUCCGUGCUGGGUGUGUGGAGCAGAGACCUGGGAAGAUACCUAGGAAGACCAACAACUGGGGGGGAAGGGGAUGGAGGAUCACCCAGACUCAAGACUCCCCGGGGUUACAGGAAGCUCUCGGUGCACCUUCUAGAAGUUUCUUAUACAAGGUUCAGAUGCAGCCUCUUAGGGACUCUGUGGGCAGUGACCGGGUCAAGAAGGAAAAUAAAGACCCAGCCUCAGAAGCCCUGACCAGCUUCUUGGACACUGGAGGAUCUUUUGGGACACAGAACAGUCUUGAGGCAUCUUCCUUAGACAAGAACUCUCUGGAGCACUUUCCCAGGUUUGAGAGCACCCCAGCUCAGACAUCAUCCAUUCCUGCCGGUCUGGCAGCAGGAUUGGUAAAAGCACAGGGCAGUAGAAAAGCCCAGGGCCAGGUCGGCCCAGAAGGCAGCAGGCAGGAAGAGGAGGGUCCCGAUAGGUGCGUGCAGGGCAGGCGGGCCUUCCAGAAGUCCAGCGAACUUCAGGUCUCUGCAGAACAACGUGGCAUCAAACCCUAUGUGUGCCAACUGUGUGGGAAGGCCUACUCCCAUCGCAGCACGCUGCAGCAGCACCGGCGCCUACACACAGGUGAGAGGCCAUACCGCUGUCCUUUCUGUGACAAGGCAUACACCUGGUCGUCUGAUCACCGCAAGCACAUCCGCACCCACACUGGCGAAAAACCCUAUGGGUGCCCGGACUGCGGGAGGGCUUUUGUGCGCUCCUCGGAUCUGCGCAAACACCAGCGCAACAUGCACAGCAACGACAAGCCCUUCCCGUGCGCUCAGUGCGGCUUGACCUUCAACAGGCCACUGUCCCUGCUGCGCCACCAGCGCACGCACCUGGGCGCCAAGCCCUUCCGCUGCUCCUGCUGCAGCCGCGAGUUCUCGGUGGCCAGCCGCAUGGUGGAGCAUCAGCGCGUGCACUCGGGCGAGCGGCCCUUCCCCUGCUCCAUCUGCGGCAAGUGCUUCACCAAAUCCUCCAACCUGCACGAGCACCAGACGCUGCACACCGGCCAGAGGCCCUUCAAGUGCGCCGACUGCGGUGUGACCUUCGCGCAGCCCUCGCGUCUGCUGCGCCACCAGCGCAUCCACACCGGCGAGAGGCCGUUUCCUUGCGCCGAGUGCGGCCAGGCCUUCGCUCGUUCCUCCACCCUCAAGCGGCACCAGCAGACCCACUCUGGGGACAAGGACUUCCUCUGUGCGGAGUGCGGCAGGGCUUUCCGCAUCGCCUCCGAAUUGGCGCAGCACAUCCGCAUGCACAAUGGGGAGAGACCCUACCAGUGUGAGGGCUGCGGGCAGACCUUCACCCGCUCCAGCCAUCUCCAAAGGCAUCAAGCCAAGCAUGACACCUGCAAGGAGCCUGUCCCUUCCUCUUCCGAUGAGUGAGAGCACCGGAGGCUUGCAGCCAAGGGAAGGGAAUACACCCUCGACUUCACAUCCUAUUCUAACCUCAAAGCUAUAUUGCCAGCCCUGCUCACUGGUUACACCGUCCAUUCUCUGGUUUCUGGGCUGUGGGGUGGUCCCCGUACUUCUUGCAUUCCAUGUGUUGUGAGACUAUGUAAUCUCCAGGAUAGUGUCCAGGUGUGCAGUUUCACACUGCUUUCCUGCCGCUCAGAGGCCAGGAGCAAUUGGGAAAGGGUAAGAUAGAAGAAUAGGGGCUGGCCAAUAGUCCGAUUCCUUAGGUAAGUAGAUUUCAGUCAAGGAGAAGGUAUAGAAUUCUGUGCUAGCACGGAUUCCAUGGGUGCCCUGAUGAAAAAGGUCUAUUUUCUUCUUCCCUCAAAGCCGCAUAAGGUAUUGAGAAAGCCAUCUUUAGAGAAAGAUUCGUUUUUGAUUUUUAUAUAAAGGAAUCCUCAGAAACGAUCCCUGUGAUGAACAAAGUCAACCUGGGGGGUAACACAAGCCAAGCCAGACAUCUCAACGUGUCACUUGACUGCUAAAAUGAUUUUAACCUUGAGGGAAUGUGUCUGUGAGUUGGCUUUGAAGUACAGACGGCAAAAAUGGGGGUUUGCGCCGCAUCUGGGAGGCAGGGACUUCAGAAGUUCAGAACAGCCUCGGCAUCCAGAAAAGAGACCCAGUGCUCUUACCGGAGGAGGUGGUAACUGGACCUCACCUGGGUCUCACCCAUGAAGUUCACAGGUGUCUCCUCUCUGCUGCUUCUUCUCUUGUCCACAGGAUUCAAACUUAAGCCACAAGUGUUUGUAGAGAAUCAGUGAAUUCCUUCAGAUAAGGCACAGCCGGGUUCAUUUAAAUCCACCUGGAGCAAUAGCCCGGUUUCGAGGAAAUAAACUAAGGCAUCCUUCUGUCCAGGUGCCAAUGAA